CUAACCUUCAGUCAAGAAGCCAAUCAGGCGCGCAUCACCCAAAUCGAGGAAUUCAUAAACGAAGUCCUGAAAGAGGAUCUGCGUCAACUGGAAAAGUGCAUGGGGCAGUACAAUGAGGAGAUAAUGGAGUAUGUCCAGCUAAAAAACACUCUACAGACGUUUGAGACGCACCUGCCAGAGGGUUACAAAACACAGGUCAACAUCGGAAGUAACAUCUUCAUGCAGGCCCGAGUAAAGCAAAUGGACCGCAUCCUGGUAAACAUUGGCAAGGAUGUGUACCUGGAAAUGAGUUUGCAAGAGGCGGAGAAAUUCAGCGAUGUUCGUGUCAAGAUUCUCACUAAGCAGUCUGAUGUUUUGCGGGAGGAGAGUGUCCGGAAGAGGGCACAAAUCAAAAUGGCCCUGAUUGCCAUCAGCGAACGAGCCAAGCUUAUUCAACCUGAAGUUCCCAACUAGAAAUAAUAGCUUUGAUUUCAAAUUGUAUUCCUUCCCCAUAAUA